CAAUAUGCCAAUAUCGAGACAGUCAUGAUGUAUUACCAAAUUUUAAUAGGUGUAUUAUUCAUAUCGUUGGUGGAUGCAGAUCUUUUGAUCGAUCUUCCGGACGGCACAAUUCGUGGAGCCGAAACCAAAACCGAAAAUUACACAUACUAUGCUUAUCGAGGUAUUCCGUUUGCAAUUCCUCCGCUAGGAAGUUUGAGGUUCCAAGCUCCAGUCCCAAACACACCAUGGGAUGGAAUUCUAGACGCUACUAAGUCGAAAGAUUGUUGCAUAUCGAUGACCUAUUCUGAAAAUGAACCUGAUCAAAGUGAGGACUGCCUUCAUAUCAAUGUUUACACGCCUCCGCGAAAUAUUGCGGAGAAACUACCAGUAAUGUUCUGGAUAUAUGGGGGUGCAUUUACAACCGGAUGUUCCAGUGAUAGUGUCUCGGAUCCCCACGCUCUCGUAAGUGAAGACGUCAUUGUGGUAACAUUCAAUUACCGUCUUGGUCUGUACGGUUUCUUAAGUACCAGUGAUAAAGUAAUUUUGGGCAAUGCUGGACUCAAGGAUCAACUUUUGGCAUUGAAGUGGACUCAGAGAAACAUUGAAUUCUUUGGUGGUGAUCCAGAAAAAGUGACAAUAUUUGGCGAGAGCGCAGGUGGUAUGUCCGUGGGAGCACAUAUUGCAAACAAAAAAUCAGCUGGAUUAUAUAGAGCCGCGAUUUGCCAGAGCGGUUGUUCUUUAACGAGUUUGGCACAAACAUCUCAAACCAAUCCGAAGCAAAUUGCCUACGAUAUUGCCAGAUCUAUAAAUCCAUUUAUUUCCCAAAAUAGCGAGGAAAUCAGAGACUUCUUGCAGAGUCAACCAGCUGAUGUGUUGACUAAAGCCUUCAACGCUAACCCCCAAUCAGGACCAGUAAUAGAAGUUGAAGACGAGAAUGCAUAUAUCACAGAUCUCCAGUUCGGGUUGAUCGAAUCUGGAAACUUUAACCAAGUACCUCUAAUCAUAGGAACAACUUCAGCCGAAUCACUUAUGUUUUUGGGAAUUGUACUGCCCGAACUAAUACUGGCUGCGCUUGCUUAUGAUUUAAAUUCGGAGUUUCUAAUACCGUCAAACCUAAAUCCUUUGCCAGGUACUGAUUUAACCGAAGCUAAAGAGUUAAUCAAACAGGCAUAUACCAAUCAAUCAUUUCUAUUGGAUUUGGCUUCGUUUGUAGAGUUUACCACUGAUCAAUUAUUUGUGAGAUCGUCGCUCAAACAAGCUGAACUUCAGUCGAAUUAUGCUCCUGUGUAUUUUUACCAGUUUUCUUAUUCUGGAACGAUAAGUCGGUUUCAUACCGUGAUUGAAGGUGUUGGAAAAGUCGGUCAUGGAGAAGAUGUCCUUUAUCUCCUUGACUUCUCACCAUUCCCACUGACCACAGACGAAGAAUUUCUAACGAGAAGCAGAAUGACUAGAUUAUGGACCAAUUUCGCCAAAACACUGAAUCCCACUCCUGAUGUGUCGGACCCCCUCCUCAAUGUGACCUGGCCUCAAGUUGCUGGUUUAAACAUCCCCUAUCUCGAUAUAGAUACGACUCUUGAGGUCAAGCCUGGUAAAAAGGCGAAAGAAAUGAGAAUGUGGAACGAAGUUUUCUAUUCGUACGGCCAACAGCCCUUCGUGGGUUUCUGA